GUACCAACUAUGCAAAAGAGCCCAAGUAUAUGACUAAAAGAUGGGCCUCAAUAAAAAAUUGUAGCCCAAUUCUCUCACAGACUAAGCCGAAUGUCCAAGCCUCUUGGUACUCUUCACUAAAGUCAGCGAGGGUUACCAAACAGAUUUUAAUCUUGCAAAGAAUAUGUGCUGAUUUGACCACCAAUGGAAGCAAAGAGAGGUGAUCAAAGUCAAACCCCUUUGGCUCUACUGCAUACAUUUCUUUCUAACACGGCUCAUUCAAAUGCACCCAUUGAUUUUUGCGAUCCCUUGCUGCACAAGUUUCUCCACUUCAAAAAAACAAACAAUAAAACAUGUUAAUACGCCGCAUCUGUGUAACAACAACAUCCCUUGCUUUGAUCUUCAGCAAUCAAACCUCCCCUUUUGUCCUCUCAGCCCUUAUUAUUUUCAUUAUCUUUUCUUUCUUUCUUUCUUUGUUUUUUGGUUCAAAUUAUUUUUAUUAAUUAAUAUUCUAAGGUGAAGCGUGCGGCUUCUUUGUGACAUUGAUAGCUUUAUUAAUGCACCUUCUUCUUAAUCAAAGCUGGCAAUUCUUGUGCUCUAAGAUAUGCCAGCUUAUUGGAUACCGUGUUCGAUCACCUGCUUCUGCUCUGCCCUUCUGGGUCUCUUGGCUAAGGCCUAAGGGUCUGAUUGUUUGCUUAGCAGAGAGUUUUCGAUUUCGCCAUUUCUCCCGAUUUUUCUAGAACCAAAUAAGUUUAUGCAGAUGUAUUAGCAGAAAGGAUCAUCAUAAGUCAAAACUUAAAUCACUUUAUAAUGUCCUUCGAAGAAAGGGUGGCACUUUUCAACUUUAAAACUAGCAGUCUCUGUGGGACGAGAGAUUUAAAAAAAAUGAUGUCAAUGAGAAUUAGGAUUGUUUAAUAGGGAGAGGUGUAAACGUGCCAAUUAAAAUUCAACUUAUUAUACUCUAGCCAGCUUUCAAUUCUUCUUCUGCUCUGUUUCUUAUGCAAUCUUCAUGAAUUUGAGGGAGGUUUGAAAAAUAUAAAAUGCCAAGUACAUAGAAUCUACAAUCUACAUCGAUAAAGCCGCGCAAAUGAUUAGAACAACCGCACAAGUCGAUGUGGGAGACUUUAAAAAUUAAUCCCUCUUCUUAUUUUAAGCAAUUAAGUCCUAAAAUCCUGCAUGAAUUUAGCAGCUGGAUUGAGCUACAAGUUUGCAGCUGAGUUCCCAUUCAUAAUUUAGAGCACAAAAGCAUAUAUAUCUUAGCUGUUCACGCGUCUAUUUUUAGUGCUUUAUAUUCCCCAAUUCUCAAUCUUCUCUCUCCCCUCAUAUCUACUUUGUGAGAAAGUGAGAGAGUUGGUUUGAGAUUUGGUAACAUGGCUGUACAUAGUGAUCCUCAUGCAGCACAGGUUGCAUCUGAAGCUAUUCUAGAGAACGUGUGGGCGAGCUUUAUCGGUGUGGAUGGAGUGAAAGAAGAAGCAAAAAAGACAACAGAGUUGUCUAAACCCUGGAAAGAACUGCCUCCUCUUGAUGGGAGAGGAGGGUCAAUGGAAAUUCUAGAAAGGCUACCAAGUCUAGGUAGGUGGAUAUCAAUGGGAACUGAGGCCUGGGAAGAGCUUCUUGACAGUUGUGUUGUUCCUGGACACAAUAUGGAGGUGUCAAGCAAUGUCAAGUUAGAAGGCAAUGGGGCUGCAAACGCAGAAUUUGAAGCAAAGGUUGAGAAGAGAAGAGAGAAAGUGGAAAUUAUGAAGCACUACCGCGGAGUUAGGAGGCGGCCAUGGGGUAAGUAUGCAGCAGAAAUUAGAGACUCAACAAGAAAAGGAGCUAGAGUUUGGCUUGGGACUUUCGAGACUGCAGAGGAGGCAGCUUUGGCUUAUGACAAGGCUGCUUUGAGAAUCAGAGGCUCAAAAGCCAAUCUCAACUUCCCUCUUGAAACAGUUGCAAAGGCUAUGGGGUUGGAUUGCUUCAACAUCUGCUCAUCCACAAAUGUUUCGAAUUCGCGGAAGCGAGCAUUGAGGGAGUGGGAAGAAAGUGUUGAGGCAAUGACUGAUGGAAAACCUGCAUUGAAAAGGAAGGCAAGCAUGCAAAACAUGUUGGGGGAUGAAUUUGAUGUGUUUGAGUUCCAAGACCUGGGAAGUGAUUAUUUGGACAGUUUGCUGUCUUCUUUUUGACAAAAAUCUUGUACAUGAAUGCUUCUGUCUGUCUCUAAACAUUCUUUGUAGUUGCUAGUCAAGGAGAUGCUGUAUAAGGUAUUUUUUUUCUUUCAAACUAGCCUUAGAGGAAGAGUUAGCAUAACAUCAUAUAAAUCACCAAAUUUCCCAUGUAUUUUGCAACAUUGAUCAACAAGGUGCUAAGUUAAGGUUGCAUAAUUUGUUCAGAGGGAGAGGGAGAUAAAAAGAAAAAAGUUGGAAAAUGAUAUAACAUAUCAGAACAGAUUCUAAACAGAGACAUAAAGGUUUCAAUGUAAUAGUUCAAUUCAAUUAUUUGUCAAAUCUCUCUUUUUAAAGAAGAGAUGCCAAGUUCAAAUUCACCAUCUCUAUCUCAUGUCUAUCUAUUUUCACAUGCUCAACCAUCUUUUCAUAAUUAAAAGGAAAAAAUAAAGCAAAGCCACCCACUAUAAACCGACCUUAAUUUUUUAUAAUUACUUUUUUUUGUCUCCCUAUUCAAGGUCAACCCUACCAUACCUUCAACUUAUCUAAUUACUUUUUUUCUUCCCCUUUUAUAAUAAGAAAAUUUUAAAAUGUAUUGUCCAAGUUUAGUCUAUUAUGAAUUACCAUUCUCCUACUUUAAGUAAAAUGGAGGUUGAUUGGCCAUUACAAUUUUGGCCUCUGCAAGGGAUAUUAUAUUUACUUUGAAUAUGAAAUUAGAUAGCUCUCCCAAGUUAUACCUGGUCAAGAUGGAGGUUUUGGGUUCAACUUCUAAUAGAAUAGAACAAAAGGAAUAAAAAAAAAAAGAAAAAAAAUACUAUGGGAUUAGGUAGGACUUAAUUAACCAAACUGGUAAUUAAUUGUAUAUCAAUUAAACACGGAAUUGUAGGCAUUUUGCUAGUCUAAUCCUCUAUAACAAACGAGGCCAAAAAGUUUUUAUAUUGUAUACCCACCAACCAAAUGCUGGCCCGUUUGACAAGUAUACCAAGUAAAGAAUGACUGUCAAAUGUGAACAGGUUGAAGAUUGUUUCUGUUCCCAUUCUGUGGAACCAUAUGCUUAUUGGUUCUCAUCAAUUUCAUCUUUUUCUCAUGAAGUUAGUUUCCACAAACAGAUUGCCUUCAUUUCCAAAACCAGAAAAUAAAAGAUGGCAUUAACACAAAAAUUCCAACUGAUUCAGUCUUCUAGGUCUUUCUUUUUCACCCAUAACUCUGCAUCUUUCUGGCCUUACUGGCCCUCUUAUGACAAUACAAACCAAUAAAGUUCACUUCUUGCGGCAGUACAUUUCUGUACCUCUUUUGCUGUGAAUUACAUUUGUGUGUUUGUGAGUGUUGGCAAA